CGCCGUGCCUGUCCUCGCUGUUCCUGAGCGGGUCCCGGCUGCCAGACAUGACCGCCAUCAUCAAAGAGAUGGUCAGCAGGAACAAAAGGCGGUACCAGGAGGAUGGCUUCGAUUUGGACCUGACCUAUAUUUACCCAAACAUAAUUGCAAUGGGAUUUCCUGCAGAACGGCUUGAAGGAGUAUACAGAAACAACAUUGAUGAUGUCGUGAGGUUUUUGGAUUCAAAACAUAAAAACCAUUACAAGAUAUACAAUCUAUGUGCUGAAAGACAUUAUGACACCGCCAAAUUUAAUUGCCGAGUUGCACAGUAUCCUUUUGAAGACCAUAAUCCACCACAGCUAGAGCUUAUUAAACCUUUUUGUGAAGAUCUUGACCUAUGGCUUAGUGAAGAUGGCAAUCAUGUUGCAGCAAUCCACUGCAAAGCUGGAAAGGGACGAACUGGUGUAAUGAUUUGUGCAUAUUUGUUACAUCGAGGAAGAUUUCAGAAGGCACAAGAAGCCCUAGAUUUCUAUGGGGAAGUAAGGACCAGAGAUAAAAAGGGAGUAACUAUUCCCAGUCAGAGGCGCUAUGUAUUUUACUAUAGCUACUUGUUAAAGAAUCAACUGGAUUACAGACCUGUGGCAUUGCUCUUUCACAAAAUGAUGUUUGAAACAAUUCCAAUGUUCAGUGGCGGCACUUGCAAUCCUCACUUUGUGGUCUACCAGCUUAAAGUAAAGAUAUUCACCUCCUCUUCAGGACCCACAAGACGUGGAGACAAAUAUAUGUACUUUGAGUUCCCUCAGCCAUUACCAGUUUGUGGCGAUAUCAAGGUGGAAUUCUUCCAUAAACAAAACAAAAUGUUGAAAAAGGACAAAAUGUUUCAUUUCUGGGUAAAUACAUUCUUCAUACCAGGACCAGAAGAAAAUUCUGAUAAAGUAGAAAAUGGAAGCCUUCUUGGAGAUCAGGAACUUGAUGGCAUUUUUACUAUUGAGCGCUCAGAUAAUGACAAAGAAUAUCUAAUACUUACACUAACAAAAAAUGAUUUAGACAAGGCAAAUAAAGACAAAGCAAAUCGUUACUUCUCUCCAAACUUUAAGGUGAAACUAUUUUUCACGAAAACGGUAGAGGAGCCAUCAAACGCAGAAGCUAGCAGCUCAACUUCAGUAACACCAGACGUUAGUGAUAAUGAACCUGAUCAUUAUAGGUAUUCUGACACCACUGACUCUGAUCCAGAGAAUGAACCUUUUGAUGAAGAUCAGCAUACACAGAUUACAAAAGUCUGAAUAUUUUUUUUAAUUUGGGAAAAAAUACCACGAAGAAGAAAACUUGAAUAAACUGAAUUAUGGACCUUUUGAAAUGGCAAUAGGACAUUGUGUCAUGAUUAUCAGUUGUAGAACAGUUUUCCUGACCAAUCUCAUUUUGCCCUAUGAAGCCGCUGGGCUUGACACUUGUUGUCCAGUUGAGGGGAAAAAAGGUUACGUAGCUAUGUUAUGUAUAUACCUUUUUGUGUCAAGAGGACAUUUAAAUUUCAAUUAGGAACACAUAAAGAUGGCACUUUCCCAUUUGAUUCCAGUUUUAUAAAAGUGGAGACAUCUGAUGUGUAUACGUAGGAAUUUUCCUUUUGUGUUCUGUCAUCAACUGAAGUUGCUGUAAAGCUCUUUCUAAUACACAGGUUCACAUCCUGCCCCUUUCUUUGCACUUAUGUGGCAACAGAUAAGUCUGCAGUUGGCUCGGAGAAGUAAUGGGGUUUUUACUACAUUUGAAUGCAUGUAAUAUGGAUAGAAGAGUGGAAAGAGAAGCUCAGAAAGGAAUGUUUUGUGCUGGACCCUGGACUGUGUACCAUUUCCAGCUUACUUACAUGCACCUCUUCAGCAUGCUCAGAAAUAAAUCCUGGACAAUUGAGGAA